CUGGCUCCUCCGUCUCGCGCUGUCCAGCCCUCGGUAACUACAGUGGAUGUGUGUCGUCUCUCACCACCUGCAGGUCCUUGUCUAAUGUCCCCAACAGUGUUCCGGAGCACCUUGACAGUCGAGUGGGUGUCCGCGUGUGAUGACAGGUUGACUGCUGCAGCCUCCAGGUUACCAGAGAUGGAUUAUGAACACACACUCAGCCCUGCAGGCAACUAAAUCUCUACUUGUCCCGCUGUAACUCCAGAGCCAAGAUCAGCACCAAACCGCCCGCACCCUUCAGAGACGAUGGAGCCAAACUCCAACACCGAGAGGAAAAAGAUCCGGACCAGUUUACCUGGGGCGUCUUCACCAACCUCAUCUCAUGGCUUGGCUUCAGCAGCUAUCUGUUAGCUUGCUGCCAAAUGUUUUCUGAAGCCGAUUGCCUGAAGGAGCAUUGAAAGACAGAAAAAGCGCUCUUGGCUGUCGACUGCGAGCGGUUUUGUGUUUCCGUGGUUUGGUCUGUAAUCAUGGGUAAAGAACAGGAUCUGCUGGUGGCCGUAAAGACUGGGGAUCUUCUGCUGGCGCAUAAACUUCUCUCCAAAGUCAAGUGCAACAAAACCAAGUUGCUGGGCUCCACCAAGAGACUCAACAUCAACUACCAAGACUCAGACGGGUUCUCGGCGCUGCACCAUGCCGCUCUGACAGGCACUCCAGAGCUGCUGUCUCUGCUGCUGGAGGCCCAGGCCACGGUGGAUAUCAAGGACAUCAACGGCAUGCGUCCACUCCACUAUGCAGCCUGGCAGGGAAAAGCAGACUCCGUCUUAUUGUUGCUGAGAGCCGGAGCUUCAGUCAACUCUACUUCACAUGAUGGACAGAUGCCCUUACAUCUCUCUGCUCAGUAUGGACACUACGAGGUGUCUGAGAUGUUGCUGCAGCACCAGUCGAAUCCCUGCCUGAUGAACAAGGCCAAGAAGACUCCUCUAGAUCUGACCUGCGAGUUUGGCAGACUGAAGGUGGCUCAGUUACUUCUGAGCAGUAACAUGGUGGCGGCGCUGUUAGAAGGGGAGGGGGGGCACGACAGCCUGGACCCUCCAUCCACCACCCCCCUCCACCUGGCUGCCAGGAACGGACACAAAGACAUCAUCAAGUUGCUGCUGAAAGCUGGCAUUGACAUCAACAGAGCCACCAAAGCGGGGACGUCUCUGCACGAGGCUGCCCUCUACGGCAAGACGGAAGUAGUGCGGCUGCUGCUGGACGCGGGCAUCAAUGUGAACAUGCGCAACACAUACAAUCAGACAGCUUUGGACAUCGUCAACCAGUUCACCACCUCCACAGCCAGCAGGGAAAUCAAACAGUUGCUGAGAGAGGCAUCCAGCAAUCUGCAGGUCCGAGCGCUGAAGGACUACUGGAACCUCCAUGACCCCACUGCUCUAAACCUCAGGGCUGGAGAUCUUAUUAUGGUGGUGGAACAGCACUCAGACGGCCGCUGGAAGGGUCACAUCCAUGACACCCAGCGUGGGACGGACCGCGUGGGCUUCUUCCCCCCCUCCGUGGUGGAGGUCCUCAGCAGACGAGCAGGUGACAGGAACAGUGUUGGGAGUGCGGGCAGCGUGGGCAGCAGCCGCAGCGCCGGGAGCGGCCAGAGCUCAGAGAGCGGCCACAAACACAACGGGAUUCCAAAUCGCCACAACGCUGACUAUACCAAGCUGGCUCCAUCUGCUGGCGAGUCAGGAGACAGAAAACAGGCAUAUGGAUCCACAGGUGGUUCCCGUCUGCAGGCCAACGGCACUCCUCUGAAAGGCUUUGUGAGGCCAGAAGAGCUUCUGCAGGGCAAGGACUCAGAGGCCAUCUACCAGUGGCUGUGUGACUUCCAGCUGGAGCAGUACACAUCCAACUUCAUCAGCGCAGGAUAUGAUGUACCCACCAUUAGCAGGAUGACCCCUGAGGACCUGACUGCCAUCGGAGUGACCAAACCAGGCCACAGAAAGAAGAUCUCAAUGGAGAUUGGCAAGCUGAGCAUCCCUGAGUGGCUGCCGGAUUACAUUCCUUCGGAGCUGGGGGAGUGGCUGAGUGUGAUUGGACUGCCUCAGUACCAGAAGAGACUGUGUGACAACGGCUACGACUCCAUCACUAUCGUCAAAGACAUCACCUGGGAGGACCUGCAGGAGAUAGGCAUCACCAAACUGGGCCAUCAGAAGAAGCUGAUGUUGGCGGUGAAGAGGCUUUGUGACCUACAACGCUCUCGUAACCAUGCCGACAUAGCCGGAGGCGGGACUCUCCGACGGAAACCCCCCGCCGCCCUGGAACUCGUGGCAAUCGAACACAUGCCGACACACAGUGUGCACGCUCCUCCUGACGACUGCUGCCCCUCCCCUCGCACCCCUAGGGCCCUUCUCUCCUUCCAGGACAGCGAGUUGAGCGCCGAGCUGCAGAGAGCCAUGAUGGGCAGGGCCGGGGGGGGCGCUGCCGAGGCGUUCGCCAUUAGAGGCGUGGCCUCCGCAGCAGCUGUAUCUGCCAUGUCGCUCAGUCAGGAGAGCAUCAGCGUGCGGUCAAGGGGAUCUGGGAAUUCUGGGAAUUCAAAUUCAGGAUAUUCUCAAGAUCACCAAGCUGCACCGUGUUCAGCCACGAUCUCCAGCCGGUCGGAGGAGAGUCUCGGGGGUGUUGGGGGGGAGGAGGCCACGGGUGGAGGAAGCAGUCCUGCAGGUAGAGGUAGACAGAGACCCACAGAGAUGUGGGAGAGUCGCUCUGCCACCCCCAACAAACCCUUCUCGCCCCUAACACCUCCACUAACCCCCAGCAAGAUGCCUCGCUUCGCGUACCCGGCCGUCCCCCCCAAGGCCAAACACCUCCAGUCCCCCAAUCGCCUCUAUCCGCCCUCCUCCCCUUCGGUUCCGUCGCCGCUGCCUUCCCCCCCACAGAAGGCUUUCAGUUACCUCCAGACACAGGCAGGAGGCGUCAACGGGGGUCCACGGGUGCUCUCCAAACCUUUGCCCGGAGCUGUCCCUGUUCUGGGACCGCGGCCUGGGCAGGGCCCAGCGGAUGACGCCCAGAGGGGCCCGCACAAAAAGCGAGCCCAGAGCCUGACUCGCUACGCUCUGUCUGACGGCGAGCCCGAUGACGACGACGAUGACCUCACUCCCCCCUGCACCUCUGCCUCCUCCCCAAACGUGCCCUCCUACGCCACCCUGUCCCGCAGACCGGGACGUGGCCACACGAGCGCCGCGGCGUCCCAGCGCCACAUCAACCGCAGCCACUCGUUCGCCGUGCGAUCCCGCCGCAAAGGCCCGCCCCCACCACCACCCAAGAGGAUGAGCUCGGUGAGCGCCAGUCCGGCACGCCAACCAGGAAACGGGAAAGUGGGAGAGCCAGAGGUGAAGGGUGGGGUGGAGACUGAAGGCUCAGGCAGCGUGAGGAGCAUCGCAGCCAAGCUGGAGGGGGGGGGCAGCAGCAGUCCAUGCAGGAGGAUAGAUAUACCACCAACUCAUAUCGCUGUUUCACCGCUUUUCAUCCCUGUUUCCUCCCCGAUUCCACAUGGGAUGAAUCCUCACAUCAUCCUACAACACUCCAAACCAGUCCCUGCUCUGGGCCUGGGGGGCCUGAGGAGGACAGGAAGCGAGAGGACAGAAGUGGAGACUGGCAGACAGAGAGGUGGAGGCCCUGAGGAAACCCUUGAGAAAGCAAGGAGAAGCGAAAGGAUGUCGAAGAGUGCUACUGCAUCUCCGAAGCACAACUCCGGGGAGAACCUCCCUUUUGCUGAAGAAGGCAACCUUACUAUCAAACAGCGGCCCAGGGCGGGGGCUAACACCCUCACAGACGCUGAAGUCAAGGCUCCUCCAGAGCCUCCUGGCCAGACCCCCGGCAGCCUGGAGCUUCCAGAGUUCAAUCUGAAAGAGUCUGACACGGUGAAAAGACGACACAAACCCAAAGACAAAGACUCGUCAACACCUGAGGAGGCGAGGUCUCCCAACAGAGACUCCGCCCACCCACAGGCCAACAGUCUCCACACACCGGAUGAUGUCAGGGCGCUGAGCGAUGAUGACUCUCAGAGGCCGGGGAAUAUGUUCCAGAGAGUAGGCUCCAUGGGAAAAGGCCCCAAGCCACCAGUGUCCUCAAAACCUACCAGUCCUCUGAAACAACCGCCCAACAGCAAACCAACAACCCCCCAGAAAACAGUCUCUUCAGUACCAACUGCACAAACAGCCAUUCCUAAACUGACCAACAUACAGAUUCACACAGUUUCUCCGAGGCUGGGCGGCAGCAUUCACACACAGAAAUGUGUAGCCAGCCACAAAGCCGUGAACCCACAGACGGAGAGUCCACAGAAAGCUGGUGCUUUGUCUGGACCGAGACUCUGUCAGCCCAGCAUGGUCUCAGCAUCAGCAGCAGGACUGAACGUCACCGUGGUCCAGAGCGUUGCGUUUGCUGCUCCGGCCCCCCCAGCUCCGGCCCCUUCGUACCCCACCUCGGCCGCCGGUCUGGAGGAGCUGGCUCAGCAGAGGCUGGAGCAGACCAGUACGUCACUGGAAGCUGCUCUCAAAGUGGUGGAAACCAAACUGGCCCAGGGGGGCAGUGUGGACAGCGGCAGCAGCACGGUGAAGGCAGCAGGGAAUAUUCUAGAUGACAUCGGCAACAUGUUUGAUGACCUGGCUGACCAGCUGAACGCCAUGUUGGACUGACAUCCUGAAAUCCGCAUGGGCAACUAAAGUCCCGGCACAGAGAGAUGGAGACCACGCCGCCCACAUGUGAUACGCAGGAAAACCCCGAGGUAGGGCCCAGAGCAGACCGAGGUGCUGGAACGUUCUGGAAACGGUCAGCGGCAACUAGGUCAACAUUUAAAUAAUUUGUACUUUGACCUCAGAGCACAGCGGCGAUGGUUGCACUGUGCCUAGUGUCGCAUGUUCAGACCCUCUUCUACAGCACCGUAGGAGAGGGUCUGGCUAGUCCACACAGCAUUCUGGGAUGGGAGAACAACCUGCUCUGGUUUAUUGACAUUUCUUUAAACCAAUCACAAUCGGCAUCCGCCUGAAUUUCCGGAGCGGUGCGGCCCAACCAGCGCUGCACCUAGUUGGGCCGCACCGCUCUCCCCCGUUGGAAAACAAUGGAACGGCCGGCACAGAGCUGGGUUACCAUGGAUCACGUGUAGGCGGCCUAAAAGCAGAGACGGUCUUCAUGACAGAGACGCGGCACAAUCAUUUGAGGAUUUCCUGCACAACACUUCCUCAGUACUGCCCAGGUUUUCAACGCGAGCACUUCGCCCUAGGACACACACCUGGGAAUGUUAAUGGAGC